AUCGGUUAAAAAUUCAAUCUACCAACCGGAUUCUUACAGAUCACUCGUCCGAUAUUUAAAAGAACAAAACGCGGAAUUUCAUACUUACCAGCUUAAGGAAAAUAUACCGAUACACAUCGUCAUCCGAAGUCUCCAUCCGACAAUACAGACUGAAUUAAUUAAGGAAGAACUUGAAGUUCGUCUUUUUGAAGUCAGACGCGUAACAAAUGUUCUUCAUAGAACAACUAAGUUGCAAUUACCUCUCUUCUUUGUUGACUCGGAACCAACCCCAAACUCAAGCGAAAUAUUCCAACUCUCCUCACUUUUACAUUCUAAAGUUAAAACUGAAGAACCGUACAAGCUAAAAACAAUCAAUCAAUGUAAUAAUUGCCAGGAAUAUGGUGUCAAUAUUUUCGUCUUAAUGUUCUAG